CUAUAUAACAACGAUCCCGAUGGAUGUCGACAAGCUCCCUGUACAUCUUCACUGAUCCGAGUCUACUUCGACAUGCGUACCUUUCAAUGGUCGGCUUUUGGGUCGAUGGUUGUUUCUGCAGUGGCUCUUACCCCAAAAGAACUAAUUGCAGCUCCGCGGCGAAGUGAUGCUGUUCCUAAUCCAUCUGGAGAAGUCGCGUUGUUUUCCACGUCUGAAUACUCCUGGGACACCCACGCAACAUCCUCGUGGUGGAGCCUGUUAGAUCUCAAGACUGGAAAGGUCACUCAACUCACUAACGACAGCAAUGUCUCUGAGCUGAUCUGGUCGGGGACCAGUGACUCGGGCCUUCUGUAUAUCAAUGGCACAAACGCCGAGAUCCCAGGAGGUGUUGAGAUCUGGGUUUCGGAUACUUCUAGCUUUGCCAAAUCCGCAUACAAGGCAGCAUCGCUCCCAGCGCCACUGUCUGGCCUCAAGACAGCAACCACCAAGUCUGGUGACAUCAACUUCUUGGUGUACGGAGAGUCCUAUGCCAAUGGAACUGCUUACAACGAAGAGCUUUCUGCCACUCCUUUGAGCUCUGCACGCAUUUAUGAUAGCAUUUAUGUCAGACACUGGGACUACUGGCUGACCACGAGGUUCAAUGCCAUUUUCUCGGGUACCCUGCAGAAGAAGAGAUCUGGACAAGGAGCCGCAACCACGUACACUUCCAGUGGAGCUCUCAAGAACCUUGUUUCAGGUGUCAAAAACCUCGAAUCGCCAUCCCCUCCAUUUGGUGAUUCUUCUGACUACGAUAUCUCUUCCAAUGGAAAAUGGGUCGCGUUCAAGAGCAAGGCCCCGGAAUUGCCACGUGCGAACAACACUGCCUCUUAUAUUUAUCUCGCCCCUCAUGAUGGAUCUAAGAAGGCUGUCGCAAUCAAUGGCCCUAAUAGCCCCGGCACUCCGAAGGAUAUCAAGGGUGAUUCCAGCAGCCCUGUCUUCUCCCCCGAUGGCCGUCGCAUUGCAUACCUUCAGAUGGAGGACGUUGCAUACGAGUCGGACCGACGCACAGUCUAUGUAUACACUGUUGAGUCCAAGGAGACAAUUCGCACUUUGGCCAAGGACUGGGAUAGAUCGCCAAGUGCUAUUAAGUGGACCGCUAAUGGCAAGGAUCUAGUCCUGAACACCGAGGACUCCGCGCGCUCUCGUUUGUUCUUGCUGCCCACUAACGCUGGUGAUGAUUUCAAGCCAAAGAACUUCACCAAUGGUGGCGCAGUCGCUGCCUACUACAGCCUGCCCAACGGCGAAUUCCUGGUUUCCGGAUCCGCUAUCUGGAGCAGCCGGACUGUCUACACAGCAAAGCCAGGAAAGGGCAUCACUGGUCUGGUAUUCUCCGCGAAUGCUGUUGAUCCUGCUUUGAAGGACUUGAGCCCUGCGGAUGUCAGCGAAUUUUACUACAAGGGCAACUGGACUGAUAUCCACGCCUGGGUUGUCUACCCUCCAAACUUCGACAAGUCGAAGAAGUAUCCACUUUUGUACUAUAUCCACGGAGGACCCCAGGGAUCUUGGGCUGAUUCCUGGAGCACUCGAUGGAACUACAAGGUCUUUGCUGACCAAGGAUACGUGGUUGUUGCACCAAACCCGACUGGUAGCACUGGAUUUGGAGAUGCACUCACUGACGCAAUUGCGAACAACUGGGGCAGCUAUCCGUACGAUGACUUGGUCAAGGGCUGGGAGUAUGUCCGCGAUAACUUCGACUUCAUUGACACCGACCGCGGCGUGGCAGCUGGCGCCAGUUAUGGUGGGUUCAUGAUCAAUUGGAUCCAAGGAAACCCUCUGGGUCGUAAAUUCAAGGCACUGGUCAGCCACGAUGGAACUUUCGUUGCUGAUGCGAAGAUCUCCACUGAGGAGCUCUGGUUCAUUGAACAUGAUUUCAAUGGCACCUUCUGGGCCAACCGUGAAAACUAUCGCCGCUGGGACCCAUCAUCUCCUGAGCACAUCUUGCAAUUCGAUACCCCCCAGCUGAUUAUCCACAGCGAGAAGGACUACCGUCUUCCUGUGUCUGAAGGCCUAUCAUUGUUCAAUGUCUUGCAGGAGCGUGGUGUCCCCAGCCGGUUCUUGAGUUUCCCAGAUGAGAAUCACUGGGUCAUCAACAAAGAGAACAGUCUUGUCUGGCAUCAGCAGGUUCUGGGAUGGCUCAACCACUACUCUGGGUCAAAUGGCUCUGUCAGUUUGGAUGACACGACAGUCCCCGUUGUGAACUAUGACCCUUAG